GCGUCGACUUUGUUGUGAUAAAAACAAAACAAAUUAUGUGCAAUUAAGGGUCAAUCACCCAACAACAAUAAUACAUCAUAAUACUAAAAACGCAGUUUUCAGCAUACACACACAUAUACAUACAUAUAUGCUUUGUGUUUUUUCAAAGUGUUUAAGCCAACAGUAGUAGCUGCGAGCAUAAAAAGAUUAUGCCGCCUAUAUAGCGACUGAUCGGAGCCCCCACUAUAUACUAUUGAAACAGUUAGAAGGCAUUGCCUAAAUGCAACAUUAUGUCAGCGAAACGGAACGCUGCACAGCAUACCGAACAGUACACAAACCCCUCCUUCGAGCAGGAGCUGGGCCCAGAAGGUACUGCCGAACCAGCAGCAACAACAGCAACAACAACAACAACAACAGCUGCAACAACAGGGAAUGCGAGCGACACUGGCACAAGCACAACACAUCGCAAAGGUCACAGGCGGCAGGAAUCAAUGUAUCAGAUGACUGGCCUGUAUUCAGAAGCGAACAGCGGUGACGACAGCAGCAUAGAUGCUGCCCAGGAUGCUUCCAAUGCUAGCGAGUUAGCGGCCCCGGCACACCCACACCCACAUCCACCACAUUCAUCGAUCAUGGGCACAACAACGUCGACAACGGACAACGUUGUCCUUAAGUGCCACAGUCGUCAGCCCUCGGCGGCGGCCAACAAUCGAGCCAGUGGUGGUGGUGGUGGUGGUGGUGGCACCGCUGAGCUCGACGAUGACGAUGAUGAGGAACAGUUUCGGUCUCGGGACUGCGGCAUAUUGUCUUGUCGGCCGUAUGGCAUCCAAAGAUUCGCUAGAAUUAAGAUAUUCGUACUACUAUUGUCCGUGCUGGUCAUGAUGCAGCAGGCAUUGAGCUCUGGCUACAUCAAUUCAGUGAUCACCACGAUUGAGAAGCGCUUCGAGAUACCCUCCAGCUAUUCCGGCCUAAUAGCCUCCAGCUAUGAGAUUGGCAAUGUGAUAACCGUUAUAUUCGUUAGCUAUUUGGGGAGCAGGCGUCACAUACCCGUAUGGAUCGGCAUCGGUGCCGUCAUCAUGGGCAUUGGCUCUCUGGUGUUUAUGGUGCCGCACUUCACCGGCGAACCCAAUCCAGGCAUUGCCAUUUUGAACAAGUCCAGCGAUAACAUAUGUCGCAGUGCCUUGGUGCGAGAUCAGGACAUGGAUUUGGGCCGGCUAUCCAGUGGUCUGUCCAAUCAGCCACUCGCACCGCACACCCUGCGCGAGGAUAACUGCCUCGAGGGUAAAUCCUCAACGACAGGACCUGUGCUCUUAUUCGUCUUGGCCCAACUUCUGCUCGGCUGCGGCGGCAGUCCGCUCUUCACCCUCGGCACCACCUAUGUGGACGACCAUGUGCGCACCGAGAGCUCGUCCAUGUACAUUGGCUGCAUGUACAGCAUGGCGGCUUUUGGACCUGUCGUGGGCUUCUUGCUGGGCGCCUAUUUGCUCUCCUUUCACAUGGACUCGCUGUCUUCCGCCGUCAUAUCGAUAACGCCCGGCGAUCGUCGCUGGGUGGGCAUGUGGUGGGGCGGCUUUCUGCUCUGCGGUGUUGUGCUGCUCUUUGUGGCUGUGCCCUUCUUCUCCUUCCCAAAGGUGCUUACGCGCGAGAAGAAGAAGAUUCGGAAGAGCAGUGUAGUACAACCGGCAUUGCCGAACAAUUCGAGCGCUACGGAUGAGCUGGGCAAGGUGAAGAAGGAGAUCGUAGCCGUUACCACAAAAGAGGAGGAGCCACAGCCGCGCGUUGACACCGGCUAUGGCAAGGACAUUAAGGACAUACCGCAGUCGAUGCUGCGUCUGGUGAAGAAUCCUGUCUACAUAGUCACAUGUCUGGGCGCCUGCAUGGAGCUUAUGAUCGUUUCCGGCUUCGUCGUCUUCCUGCCAAAGUACCUGGAGACUCAGUUCAGCUUGGGCAAGAGCCAGGCGAAUAUUUUCACGGGUUCGAUUGCCGUGCCGGGUGCCUGUAUUGGAAUCUUCAUUGGCGGUUGCAUAUUGAAGCGCUUCCAGCUGAAACCGAAGGGCGCAGUUCAGUUCGUGCUCAUCACCAACGUCAUCUGCCUGGCCUGCUAUGCGAUGCUGUUCUUCCUGGGCUGCGAUAAUCUGAAAAUGGCUGGCACCACGAUUCCCUAUUAUACCAGCUCGAAGCAGGGCACAUUGGAGCCGUUUCAGGUCAACCUGACGGCUGCCUGCAACUUUGGCUGCGAGUGCCUCACCAGCGAAGUGGAGCCGGUCUGUGGCAACAACGGACUCACCUACUUCAGUCCCUGUCAUGCCGGCUGCACAGCCUUCUCCUCCAGCUCCAAUUAUACCAACUGUGCAUGUGUUCACGCCAAUAUUUCGAGCACCAUUUAUCGUGGAGCCGGUGGUAGUCAGGCUCAGGCGUUCACUGAUAGCGAUACCUUUGCCGAGGUCACUGUAGUGCCUGUGGCGACGGCUGGACCCUGCGCCACACCCUGUCGAACCAUAUACCCGUUCCUCAUUCUGCUCUUCUUCAUGACCUUCAUAGUGGCCUCCACCCAGAUGCCGCUGCUCAUGAUUGUGCUGCGUUCGGUGUCCGAGGAGGAGCGUUCCUUUGCACUGGGCAUGCAAUUUGUAAUCUUCAGAUUGUUUGGCUAUAUACCAGCGCCUAUACUCUUUGGCAAUCUCAUUGACUCGACAUGUUUGCUGUGGAAAUCAUCGUGUGGCGAGAAAGGCGGCCGCUGCCUCAUCUAUGACAUUGAAAAGUUUCGAUACAAAUAUGUGGGACUGUGCGCCUCCGUCAAGCUGGUGGCGCUCUUUAUCUUCAUUGUGGAUUGGUGGCUUGUGCGUCGACGCAAGCAGCUUGAGAAAAUGAAGCCCCUGAAUGCCAGUGAUCCCAUUAUUGGCUCAAUCAUAAGUCUAGAUAAACUGUUUGAGGAGAAACUCACAGGACAUGGCGAGCCGAAUGCAAAUCGUUUGAGUGGUGGCGAACUAAUUAUUCCCAAUGAUGUAAUGCGUCACUCGCGCAACGAUUCGCGCACCAUGCAACAGGAUUACGGCUACGAUAAAUGCGGACACGUGAUACCAGCUGCCAAUACCUGCAAUCUGCCACAAAUGAAAUCGAAGAAACAUUUCCGCAGUGCCUCGUGCGAUGUGAAAAUGAUCAAGAGUUUUGCCAAGGAUCACAAUACGCCCGAAACAGCCGCGGAUGGGGCGGGCGAUAAGUAUAAGAAUCUCAAGAAGCUGCAGACGCACACCCGCAACCACUCCACAGACCUAAAUCCGCACGAUCUGCGCCACAAAUUGGCGCGUGACGAUCCCACACUCCCAAUUCGCUACAUACAGAACCAGUUGCGACCGCAGGAUUGCGCCGAGGAGGACGACGACGAUGAGCUGACCACGGGUUGCGGCCACUUCGUGAAGAAGCAUUCGCGGAAUCACUCCUACGAUCAGAUAUAUAUGCCAAACAACAUACGUUUCGAUGCCGAUUUCCUGCGCCAUCCGCAUCACCACAGCAAUGCCAAAAAGAAUGUGAAUGUCCUCAAGAAUGUGAUGGCGGAAUCGAAGCUCAAGAACUCCAACGAAAUGGAAGGAAAUACUGGGCUGGGCUCGCGUGGUCAUUCGCGCAACAACUCCAAGGAUCUGAACAUUAAGGCGGCCGUCGUUGGAGGUCCUAGCCAAACGUCAAGCAGCAGCGAAUCAGCCGGCCUGAACAUACUGCGGCACCGUCGCACCAAUUCCAAAGAUCUGAACUACACCAUGCUGCCGUGCAGCUCGGAGACAGUGGUGCCUAAUCUGCCAGAGGUUGCCACAGCCUCAACCACAGCCACAUCCGCAACAACAACCACAACCACCGCCCCGCCGCACAUUCGUCCGCCACACCCACACACCCGCAAUGCCUCGCACCAUAAAAUUCAAAUCGAUGAUGAUCGCAAUGAGCUUAUCAACGAUGACAACGACGAGAUGGACGAAUCCGGAUCGAUGCGCUUGUAGUUGUUGCCAUAGCGGUGGCGUCCUGUCCUUCGUGCAACAUGUUCCUGUGCUUAAUGUAGCAGCCUAGAAAAAGAAAAACAAAAGAAAAAGAAGGGGGAAAUGUAACUUUCACAUUCUCACUUAGCUGUUUAAGUAGAUUUUCUCUAUGCCACAAAGGCCGCCUACCCCCACACAUUCCAGGGUCUCUUUUAGGCAAUAUACAGAUUAAUAUAGAAACUACAACAACAAAAUGCUAUUCACGUUAUUAUUCCUGACUAAGAAAAACAAAACAGAACCAGCAGCUUUUGUACUUACACAAACAAACAAAGAAGUGUUCAACUUUUCAACAACAACAACAAACAACAACAACAAAUUUACUUUGCUCUUUUAUAAUAUCGAUGACCGUUCAAAUCUGGAUUUAGUUUGGAGUGUUGCAAUAAUACUAUAUACGUACACGUACCGUGUCCUAGGAAACCUAAUUUAUUGUCUAAACAUUAUGAAGCGGUGUAUUUUAGCUGUAGCCCCUUGUGAUAAGCAUAACUUGUAUUGUAAUGAAAGAAGAAAAAAACGUAAAAAAAACAAAUAUAAAAUAGCUAAGAAAACAAA